AUGCCUCAAACAGUUCGAACGAUGAACAUUCCGAAUGCCACCUGGAGUCUUCAUAGAGAUACUAUCAUAAAACUCUAUUUGGACAAUCGCCGCCAGUUAAAGGAAGUCGCUAAUAUCAUGAAGGUUGAACAUGGGCUUGAAGCAACCGUUUCGCAGUACGAGGCACAAUUCAGACACUGGAAGAUUCGAAGGAAUUUGAAACUUCCCGAAUGGCGUCGAAUAUUUGGCGUAAUAGAUGGCUUACCGCCAGAGACCAAAAAGCGAGUUAUUCUGUGUGGUAGGGUGGUCGACGAAAAAACUAUCCAUCGCGCCAGGAGAAAUUGCAAUAGCAAACCCACGACCGUUGAAGAGGAUGCCAACAUCGAUGAUCCCCUCUUCGACAACCCGACCUCAGGCGCGUCUAUUGAAAUCCAAAAGCCAGACGGCACUUGGCGUCAAUUCCCAGAAGAGCUCCUAGCCGAUCGCAUCCUUGCCUUACCGGAAGUUGCAUCAGAUCAAAUGAUCGGAUUUCACGAUAGUCCAACACAAAUUUUACCUCUCCAUACACUUGUAGGGACUUUUUCAGCCCCGGACGACAUUGAGAAUGACCUUCUUGAUAAUAAUUUCCAUCAAUGCUCAAUGGAUAACACCAGCCUAAUAUGGUCACCUUCAAAAUUUACCAACCCAGCACUCCCAACUCCUGAACUUGGCCCUUCAGAGCCUCUAUUAAUCAACCCCUAUUUUGGGGGACCCUAUAUGUGGCUGUGGGACCUGUCUUCUCGUGAAAUUGACGGCCAGCUCGCAUCUUGGAGAAUUCACCCCUUUGCAGUCCAGAAUGGAUUCAUGAAGCAAUUAGAACACGCUCGAACUUCCGAUAAUAAUUAUGAGCCAGGAUACCAGGAAUAUGCGAGGGCUGAGUACUAUCUACAGAGUCUUAGAGCAUUAGUACCGGGCGCUUUGCCUCCAAAUCUGGGAAACGGCAUGGUCGCAAUUGACUCCGGGGAGAAUGCUACCGAGAAAAGUGUGAUACAAGGGCUUAUGUUCUCGAUUGCAAAUGCUUGGGCCGGGUUAACGAAGAUCCCUAUAGGAUCAGUACUCCUCGCACUUUCUCCGACAAGCAGCACAUUGUUGAUUCGGUUUCUUGGGUCAAGACCCUGCCACCUUACGAAGGCUAUUGCAGAAUCUCUUUUUCGAGCUGCAAUAGAAAACGGAAAUAACAGUGUCUUGCGUGAAAUAGUGGAUACAGAGUUGGUUGAUGUCAAUCGAGUUGUAAUUUUCAACAAUGGGGAAAAAUACACAGCAAUCGAGCGCGUAUGGAGCCUGCACAAUUUAACCGGCAUGAAAAUAAUACUCAACGCAAAGGCAGACCUUACUCGAAUACUGCAUCCCUAUGACAUUGCUGUCUACUAUUUCAAAACGGAUUGUAUCGACGAAACGUGGCUAAGCUUUUAUAGCUUAAUACGACAACAUAACCCUGAAGCUAUUCGUGAAUGGGAAGUCAGAAAGACUAAUACCCGCUUGAACAUGAUGAAUGAGCCUGUCCCCUGGACCAUCGAUGCAAUUCGAUUGUCACCUACUCUAUUUUCACCUUUAGAUCACUCAAAGGUUGUUGGGUUAGGCAUUAUGUGUAGCAUAGCAAGGGAAAUGGAAGAUCCCGAGGCAUUAAGUAUUGUACGCCAAUUCCACCAAAUAUGUCAGCAAACAGGGUGCGGGCGCUGCUUCAACCAGCGGAAUCUGCUACACAAUACUUUUAUCGUCAGUAUUAUACAUGGCCGUUGUGAGCUUGCCAAGUUUCUCCUCCCGUUAUGUAGUGGAGAAUGUGUCCUAGCAGCUCUAAGCAUCUCCAUUAGAUUACGACACAAGGAUCUGAUAACCAUUAUCCUGGACAAAAUGAAAGACUUCGGAUAUGAAAUCGACCAUAAAUUUGAUGAUAAAGGAUGGUCGAAUAUAACUCAUCGUCUCACCUAUUUUCCGGAGGAUUGUCAGUUGAUGCUGGACGAUCUUCUGCAUCCCUUGGCCGAGGCUCUCCUGUCAAAUGACACCUUGCUAGUGAGCAGUCUUGAAACAGCAGGCGCAUUUUGGUCAUUAUCAAAAACCGGGUUCGAAGAUGUGCUGGCUGCGGCCAUUGAAAUGAACUGUAUUGAUUAUGUUCAAAGGCUACUCGACAAUUAUCCUACAACAGACGGCUCCAGUUUAGCAAUUGCACUCUUCAUAGCUAUACAAAAGGGGUUUGAUGAUAUUAGCUACAAACUGUUAGGACUCGGUGCAACUUCCACAAGAGUUGAGAAAUCUAUUAAUGCCAAUGUCACGUACUGUGGACUACCGUUAAAUGCAGCUCUCAGGCGCAAAAACUUUCAACUCGCGUAUGCUAUUCUACUCGAUACAGACAUUGAGACCGGAGCAAUAAAUUUCGACACUUUCCAAGCAAUUUUAGACUCGGGCGAUAUGUCGAUGUUUACCGAAAUCCUAAGGUUCAUACCCAAUAUUAUGUCUACCAUUCAACCCGCAUCCGAAUUUCGGGAAGGUUGCAGACUUUUAUCUAGUCUAUAUAAAGCCAAACGGUAUGAUAUAUUAGACGUCUUUGUAUCACAACCAACUAUGUCGGCUAUAGUAUGGAGUUGGUGCUUCUCUGCGAUCGAAUCUGAUGAUAUUACUUUGGUAGAAUUUCUACUUUCCCGUCGGAUGAUAAAGCUAGACGAAUCUACACUAGGACGUGUGGCUAAAAUAGGCAACACCACUAUACUCCGACUGCUUCUACAAGAAGCCGAACGCCAAGCUAUGUCAGCUUCGAUACCUUUUCCACUCACUGAGGCGAUCAGUGAUGACGGCCGAAUAAGUUUUGAAUGCUUGGAUAUCCUCCUUUCGUCACCUAUAUUUCAUCUUGGACUUCAUCCAGGUGGAACUCCGCUCAGCAGAGCUAUUUCCAUGGUAGAGAAUGAACCCGAUAUUGCCCAUGACGUCGUAAAAAGGCUUCUGGACGCCGGAAGUGAUGUAAAUGGCAUCACAAGCUAUUCAAAAUUUGAUAAAAGAUAUAUUUCACAAACUGCGUUAUUGGAAGCUAUCGACCAUGGAAACGAGAGGCUGGUCCGACUACUGAUUGAUCGAGGUGCCAACGCCAAUGCACCUGUGUAUAUGACGAUAAAGCAAACACCGUUGCAAAAGGCGGCAGAGGUCGGUAACUUGGCUAUUGUGCGGCUGCUUCUGGAGCAUAACGUCGACGUGAAUGCCCGCCCAUCAGCACGUACUGGCGGCACAGCUCUCCAAUACGCUGCAAUCAGUGGCAAUUGCAACAUAGCAGCCGAACUGCUAAGUCGUGGCGCCCUUUUGCAUACGCGACCAGGAAUAACUAGUGGACGAUGGCCAAUCGAGGGAGCUGCGGAACACGGCCGUCUGCACAUGAUCGAGUAUCUCUGGAUAGCGAAGGAGAACACGGCGUUUCCCGAGAACUGCGACAGUGGGUUUGAAGAGAAGUAUUGCCGCAGAGCGAUGGAACUUGCUGAGGAGAACGGGCACAUGGCAUGCCGAGAUUUGAUCGCUGAGAAAGCUGGGUUGAGUGUUGGUGACAACUAGUUGGUCGAGUUCACUUUCAAAUUUCAUUAUGGUCAAUCGUUCUUUUAAGGGGGAACUGUGUAAUUCUGGUUAUCUAUGAGGAAGAUGCCUAUCUAUUACGGUUCCUGUUAUGUUAUUUCUAUGAUAGAGGUACCGG